GAUAAUAAUUGGCUAUGGCUUUUCAAGGUUCAUUUUGGGCAAUUAGCCUUUUGAUAUUUUUGGCCAAUUUUUUGUCUAUGAUAGAGUUUUCUUUGGCUGCAAAUGCAAAAGUGCCAAGCCAUACUAUUUCUGAUCCAUUUAAUCGUACUAUAUUUUCACCUGAUUUUCUUUUUGGAGCUUCCACUUCUUCCUAUCAGUAUGAAGGUGCAUGGAAUGAAGAUGGCAAAGGGCCAAGUAUUGUAGAUACUUUCGUCCACACUCAUCCUGAAAAAAUAUUGGACCGUAGCAAUGGAGACAUAGCUCUGGAUUUUUAUCAUCGUUACAAGGAGGACGUGAAACUAGCAAAAUUUGAAGGACUGGAUGCUUUCAGGAUUUCUAUUGCAUGGACAAGAAUUUUACCAAAGGGUCAGGUUAAAAAAGGAGUAAAUCAAGCUGGUAUUGACCACUACAACAGUCUCAUAAAUGAGAUAGUAGCCCUUGGUAUUAAACCUCUAGUGACACUUUUUCAUUGGGAUCUUCCUCAAGCCCUUGAAGAUGAAUAUCUUGGCUUUCUAAGCCCUAAGAUCGUAGAUGAUUACGUAGAUUUUGUGGAGAUUUGUUUCAAAAAUUUUGGAGAUAGAGUGAAGUUGUGGGCAACGAUGAAUGAACCAUGGAUUUUUACAUCAACGGGUUAUGAUUCUGGUUCUUUAGCACCUGGGCGGUGUUCUGCGUGGAAGAACAAUAACUGCACCAUCGGAAACUCCGGCACUGAGCCUUAUAUAGCGGGACACAACAUACUUCUAGCUCAUGCUGCUGCUUCUAACCUAUACAGGAAAAAAUACAAGCCAAUUCAAAAGGGUCAAAUAGGAACUAUUGUAGUGUCACAUUGGUUCGAGCCUGCCUCCAACAAACCACAGGAUAAACAAGCAUCUAUAAGAGCUCUUGAUUUUAUGCUUGGAUGGUUUAUGCACCCAUUGACUUAUGGAGAUUAUCCACCAAGUAUGAGAAAACUUGUUGGCAAGAGAUUACCAAAGUUUACCCCAAAAGAAUCAAUGUUGGUGAAAGACUCAUGUGAUUUUAUAGGAUUGAAUUAUUACACCUCUAAUUUUGCAGCUCAUAUUUCUAAACCACCAAAUACUGUCAAUAUCAGUUCAGGAACUGAUAAUCUAGUCAAUCAAACAACAUCGCGAAAUGGAAAGUUGAUUGGUGAUCCAACUGGUGUGAGUAUAUUCUAUGUUGCUCCAAAGGGACUUUAUAAGCUUCUUGUUUAUAUUAAGAAAUUUUACAAGAAUCCAAUUGUUUACAUCACAGAAUGUGGAAUGGGUGAGUCCAAUAUUGAUGAUGUUGCAAAAGGUAUCAAUGAUGCUCAGAGGGUUGAUUUCUACCAACGCCAUAUUAAGGCUCUUUAUAGGGCUUUUAGGGAGGGAGUACAUGUUAAGGGGUUCUUUGCAUGGUCAUUUUUUGACAACUUUGAAUGGGGAUCAGGAUACACACAGAGAUUUGGCAUCAAUUUUGUAGAUUACAAGAAUAACUUAAAGAGAUACCCCAAGCGUUCUGCUCUUUGGAUGAAGAAAUUUCUUCUCAAAUAAAUUUAUUAGUAAUAUCAUGUAUGUGUCAUUUAGUUAUAUCAAAUCUUGUACAACCUAAUUACGUGUGUCUAUUGUCCUUAAAUUCAGUAUUAAUCUGUUUGUUAAGGAGUACUAUUUAUGGAUAAAUUGAGGGGAUGUU